AUGGACCUUGGGGAAGCCGGAAAGAAAAGGUUGAUGAAAUUGAAUGAACUAGAGGAGCUUCAUUUCGAUGCAUAUGAGAAUUCAAGGCUUUAUAAGGAGCAAACAAAGAAGUGGCACGAUCAAAGGAUAAGGUUCAAGGAAUUCAAGGUUGGAGAUGAAGUUCUACUUUUCAACUCUAGACUUCGUCUUUUCCCCGGAAAACUGAAAUCCAAAUGGUUUGGUCCUUUCAAGAUUUCUAAUGUUACUCCUUAUAGGUCCUUUGAGCUAGAUGCGGGCGAUCACAAGAUUUGGGUUAAUGGACACCGCAUCAAACUCUAUCAUUCAGGGAACGAAGUUGGUCGUAUUGAGUGCCUUAGGCUUGAUCCUAUGGAUUACAAGCCUUCUCUUGUUGAGCCCUAA